AUGUAUGGUUGUUUGAAUCCAUUGUCAUCUGGACCACAUGUCCACAAGCAACCUUAUGGAUCCUCCUCCUAUUCCAUCAUCCUUUCAAAAAUUAAUAUUCUCCUAUCGGGAUUAUUAUACCUGAUCAUUUGGAUGCCAAUACUUUCAUUAUAUCUUCACAGACAUCAAGAUACAGAAAAUUAUCAUUUUCGAAGGUCCGUCGGCAAUGAUUCAUGGUGGAGUAGCGGCAGUAGUAGUAACAAUGUUUUUGCUUUGGUACAGUCAAAUGUGGACUGGAACCAAGCAAGUGAUAAUGGUGGUGGACCUUUCAACAGAACCAUGAUGAUCCAUUCAUCAACGACUCGUCGAAAAACAACCUCCAAACAACAGCAACAACAACUCUCUCAUUUCGCUUGUUACCGUGACAAUUUUACAAAUUUUGACCUUGUCUUUCAUGUCGGAAAUAAUGAAACUGUCGAAAAAAAAGGACAUUUUCACACAAUGACUGGCCUCUUUCAAUACAUCUCAUAUAUCAUGUUGGAGGAUUCAGACCAAUAUACAUGUCUCAGGUAUAACAUGACAGUUUUUAUUACAAGUGAUAUUGUAGAAGAACUAAAUCAUCGAAACACAGUGUGUGGAAAUACCAUUCCCAGUUUUGAUGCUUCAAAAAGUAUUGUCAGAGUAUUUAUGAAUAUUAGAAGUGAAAAUUCUGAGGACAAGAAAGUAUUGCAAUGUUCAAGUGAUAAUCCAGUAUUUCUCUUUGAUUCAGCAAGUAUUGCAUUUUUAACCUUCUCUCACAUGAGUCUCAAGGAAAUGAUGAUUCGACCUGUAACAAUCACCAAUUCCAUAAUUACGAGCUCGGUCAUUCAACUGUUACAUGGUAUUGAUGAAGCUGGAAUUUCAGAUACCAAGCUUGUAAUUACUCAAACAAAAGCGUCUGAGGUUGGAAUUUUAACAUUACAUAAUGUCACCAUGCAUUCUGGAUCCAUGUCUAUAAGUAAUUGUGCUAAAAUUCAUUUUGAAUUUUUUUAUUUCCGUGAAGAUGUCACACUAGACGUGAUACCCAUUUUAAAAGUCUCAAACUCUGAGACCUUUUACGUGGCAUGGUCCACAUUCAUAUUUGGAGACUAUUUUUCUAUUCAAAUGGAAGCAGUCAUUGAGGCAAUAUUUUUCAGCUGUAAAUUUGAUUUUAUUCAUUCACCGAAUUCUCCUUUAAUUUCUUCAUCCGAGUAUGGAAUGGUGGGAAAUUUAUUAUUUAGGUUUUAUUUAAUUGGGUGUUCUUUCAACAACAGAAAUCAUGAUCAUGGAUGGCUCAAGAUCAUUAGUGCAGGAGUGACAAAUAUUGAAAAUGUCCAUGUUGCAAAUAAUACGUGCAGCAAGGCUGAAGGAAUUUUUUAUUUUUAUUUAUGCCAAACCAUUUACAUAUCAGAUUCCUUAUUCACGAAUAAUACGGCCAAGCACAGUGGUAGUUUGUUAUUCCUAAGCUCUAAAACGUUCCAUGUUUUGAAUACUAAAUUUAUUGACAAUAACUCUGUAAAAAGUGGUGGAGCAGUGACCGUGCUAGAAUGUCACAAUUCUGCACAAUUAACAUUUAAGAGGACGUUAUUCAUUCGUAACGCGGCAAAUAAUGGAAAUGGAGGAGGCAUUGCUAUCAUUGAUACGAAAUCAUUUGUCAUCAUUUCAGAUGUAAUCAUGUCACAGAAUAGAGCUACUCUUGGAGGUGGUGCUAUUUAUUGCAACAAUGUCACCUACCUCUACAUUUCGAAAUCUCAAUUUGAUUACAAUGUUGCUCAUCACCAUGACAAUGACGAAAAGUGUAUCACAACGUCAUUUUUAUCAGGUGGAAGCGGAGGAGCCAUGUCUUUGUUUCAAACCCCUUUGGAAAUGACUGACGUCAAACUGAUAGCAAAUAAGGCAACUAGGGGUGGAGCACUUUUUGCAACUUCUAAAGCCCUGAUGUACGUUACUGAAUUUACAAAUAAUGUGGCAUUGGUUGCAGGAGGUGCAUGUUUCUUUGUCAAAAAUUCCUCACAAGUAUAUCAAUGGGACGUAUUCAUGCAAAACAAUCAGGCCACAGUUUAUGGACAAAAUACUGCAACUCCCAUCUCCACUUUUUCUCAAGAGGUGCUGGAACCAAUGGCGAACAAUGGGAAACUAGUGUUGUAUCCUGGAGCAACAUUGGUGUUAAAAUUUACGGACAUGUACGACCGUAACAAUAAUUUCAUACCGAUCAUGUAUGAAUGUCCAAUAUCCUCCAUUUCAGAUAGCCGUUUUUAUCUUGUGAGCAAUAAUUCACAUUUUGAAAGUAAUGUGAUUUAUUUCACAUUAAGGAUUGCGAGUCGUGUUGAAAUUAAUAUAGAUGAACAUCCUGUUGAUACUGAAAUUUUGAUCAGUUUCACAGAAUCAGAAACGACUAAUAUCAGCGUGACCAUUGGCCCUUGUCCCAUGGAUUAUAUCAUUAAUGAUGGACAGUGUGAAAUGGGGUUUCCACUUUCCAAAGUCAUUCCUGGAAUAGUUGUUGGCUCCAUUCUACUCUUAUUGGUUGGAAUUAUAUUAGGUUCAUGUAUGUGCUCUGCAUGUGCUUUCAGUGUUUGGAGAAUUUUUAAAAACGCCAGAAGCUUGUACGUGAGACAACAGUCAGAAAGGGAAAUUGAAGAAAAAUUACUCAAUUACGAUGUUUCAUUCUCUCAUUAUGGAUCUCUAAAUUCUGAUACAUCUUCUACCAUUGAAAAGAAUACUCAUUAUGUCAUUCCUGUGACUGAGUUGAAAAUUGAAAAGAAAAUUGGAGAAGGAGCAAGUGGAAGUGUGUACAAAGCAAAAUAUAACAUGAUGGAUGUUGCAGUGAAAACGAUCAUUAGGAAAGAUGAUACUCAUCAAGAUUUUGAAAAAGAAGUAAUGCUACUGGUUAAGCUUAGACAUCCAAACAUUAUUUGUUUUUAUGGAAUUUGUAUUUCAGAAAGCCAACUCUGUAUUGUGGUCGAGUUAGGUCAAAAUGGAAGUUUAGAACAAAUGAUAAAAGAUAUACGAAAAGGAAAAAUUAAGAAGAAGUUUAGGGACAAACUCAAAAUAUUGAUUGGUGUUGCAAAUGGAAUGAAAUAUUUGCACGGACUGCAACCUCACUAUUUAAUCCAUAGAGAUUUGAAACCUGCUAAUAUUAUUUUAGAUCAAUCCUACACACCAAAGGUUUGUGACUUUGGAUUGAGUCGUGUUGUAUCCAUGAAUACACAAACAAAUUCCUUGACAGGAAAUGUUGGUACCCUACUCUACAUGAGUCCUGAAUUAAUCUUGGAAGAAGAUUCUGAAACGAACAAGCUUGCACGAGAAAAUGCAACAAAAAUUGAUGUCUACUCCUAUGCCAUUAUCAUGUACGAAUUAUUCUUUGAGGAAACUCCUUACUGGAAUGAAGAUAGUGAAAAAAUUAAUUACUUUCAUCAUUGCAAUAGCGAUCAAAAGAAAGUGAAAGCAUUCAAUCUUUUAUAUCAAGUUGCUAAUCAUGAAAAACGUCCUCUCAUUCCAUUCAAAGAUCAUGAAGAAAUGAAACAGUGGUGUGAAAAAUUUAUGGUCCAUGACAACACUUCUAAUGAAGACGUGUUCAUUGGAGUGGACAUGUAUGUGAAACUCAUGCAACAAUGUUGGUCCUCAAAUCCCACAGAAAGACCUUCAUUCGAGAGAAUUAUGCACAAGUUGACAGAGAUUUAUAAUUUGGAAUUUUAG